UACAUAUUAACCAGUCGAACUGGUAUCAGUUCAACAGAAGCCUUCGACUAAGGAAGACACGGAGAGGCUCUGAAGCCUUAACAGGCUUUAAAAAUGGGACUUUUCACCGUUUUGUGCUCGGUGUUUCUGCUCGGUGCUGCUGUACCUGCCUGGAGCGAUACCCUCAUUUCAGAGACACACUCCCUGUAUUACAUUUACACGGCGUUGUCGAAACCUGUCGGUCUGCCGGGCAUCUAUCAGUUCACUGCUAUGGGUCUGCUAGAUGACAGAGAGAUUGACUAUUACAACAGCAAGGAACAGAAAAAGAUUCCCAGACAGACCUGGAUGGAGGAGAAAAUGGAUAAGGAUUACUGGGAAAAAGGCACCCAGUCCAGAAAGAGCAAAGAACAGUGGUUUAAUGUGAACGUCGACAUUCUGAUGAAACGCAUGAGACACAAUGAAUCAGAUGUGCAUGUUCUUCAGUGGAGACAUGGUUGUGAAAUUAAGCAAGAGGGAGAUAAAGUGAAGUUUUCCAAAGGCAUUGAUGAGUACAGCUACGAUGGAGACAACUUUCUGUCUUUUGAUGAUAAGGACUCUCAGUGGGUCGCUCCUGUUGCUGCAGCUCUUCCAACCAAGAGAAAAUGGGAUAAUGUGCCCAUCCUAAACCAGUACACCAAGGGCUACCUGGAGAAAGAGUGUGUGGACUGGCUGAACAAGUUCAGAGUAUUUGGAGAUAAGGAGGUCCAAAAAGGCUCUCCUCCAGAAGUUAAUGUGUUUGCAAAAAGGUGCACCAGUGACAAAACUAAAGUCAAACUCACCUGUUUUGCCACUGGCUUCUACCCCAAAGAUGUGACGCUGCUAAUUAGGAAAUAUCGCUCACCCCUGCUUGAAAAUGAGAUUGAAUCCUCAGGAGUCAGACCAAACCAUGAUGGAUCCUUCCAGCUGAAGAAGAGUGUGGUUAUCCCGGAGGAUGAAAAAGCAGAUUAUGAUUGUUUUGUGGUCCACAGAACCCUCAAAGAGCCGAUUAUCAUCAGAUGGAAUGGAAAAUGCCAGGACUGCACUCAAGAGACUAUGAUGGGUAUGGUGAUUGGAGUAGUGAUCGGAGUCGUGCUUAUGCUGGCAGUCGGUGCAUUGGUUUACUUUGUAGUAAGGAGGAGGAACAACAUUGCUGCACAAGAGAAGGCUAAUAACAUAUCUCAGGAUAGAGCAAUUAAUUUUGCACAUCUAACUAAGUUACCUAAUACAGCAAUUGGAGGAAGUUCUGACUCUGGACAAGACAGUGCUGGUACAACUCCAGACGACAGUCCCUCUAUCUCUCAGGAGGAAUUGAACCUCGUGAGUGAGACCUCCAGUGGUCAAAGCCAGCCUGCAGAAGGAAAAUCACUUCUACAACAGCCUUCAGAGUGAGAGCAUCUCUGAACAUUUGUCAUUGUCAAUUCUGACAGUCCUGACAAUCAUUACAUUUUUGGAGGUUGCUUGUAGUUGAAUUAUAAAUUCUCUCUCAUUUUUCAUAUAAUCUGGAAUUUUUAAAAACACUUUGCUUCAGAAAAUUAUGUUUUCCAGAGUAAAUAAUAGGAAGAGAGGAAACUUCACAUACUUAUUAUUAUUGCUACUUCUAAAGGGCCAGGGUAGACACUUUUUUCAUCAUAUUUGAUAUUUUUAAUACUGUCUUUAAAAAUAUUUAAUAGUUUCAAUACCAGUGUAAAAAAAUCCCGAGCAUGCUUGUGAAAUGAUCUAAUUUCCUAAUAAUUAUCUGGAACACUCUAUAAAAAUGUGAUAUUCUUUUAAACUCUUGAAUGUCUUACUCUUCAAAAGUAGUUAAAAUUGUGAUUGUUUUACUUUAGUUGAUUAAUUUUGUUUUAAUGCACUUAAUUUGUACAGGCAAUGAUCACUACAAUCAUUCUUCAUGAUACCAGAUGGAUCAGUGGUAUCAAUGAAUGCCUGCUGGUUAUGUGGGAUCUAUUUAUUCUUAAAAGGCCUAUAUAAACAUGAUUUCACCUGCUGUAAGAAAACUGAGUAGAUUACAUCUGUUUCCACUGUCAGAAUGGACUGUCUAAAUCUGAUUUCUAAUGUUUUACAUAGGAUUUCAUGGAAAUAAUGGUACAGCCACAUGUUUUGAUGUUUAUAUAAAUGUGUGCUAAUCUAAAUCUGUUGAAUACACUUUUAUUUGUAAACAUUUUGAUAACAGCAAAUAAAACCAAUAGGAAUUACUUGGGAGAAAGAAUUGGAUACUGUGAAUAUUCUCAUUAAAGACAUCUUUAACCAUA